AAACCCUGCAAAGAGGGUGACGAACUACUUUGGACUAGCCCAUCUACCAUUGUGCAACCGUCUCAGCCUUUGACUGGGCCACCAUAGUCGAGAAGUCGGGAGAAAAGCGCGUCAUGACGCGCCCAACAUCCUUUGCCCAACUCCUCCGACCGUCCUUCUCCUCUGGACCGGCGAAACAACGCUCCUGUAGGAGGUAUAUCUCCCUCCAACGCGUCAGCAAUUCUUCAGAGGACCCACAAUCGACCCAUAUUGAGACUGACGAGCAAGCGGAGAAGGAGGCAUAUUUUCGCAAACGGAAGGCUGAUUGGAAGAGAAGACAGGGUGGACAAUCCUUCCUUGACCAUCUCAUUGUAAAUGUUCGUGCUGGUACCGGAGGAGAUGGCUGCGUAGCUUUCCAUCGCGAAAAGUUCGUUCCCUACGGGCCUCCUUCAGGCGGAAACGGCGGUCGAGGCGGUGAUGUCUACAUCUGCCCCACACCACACUUAACUACCCUCUCCUCCGUCCCCAAACGUAUCCGUGGCAACGCUGGCGCUUCAGGCCAAGGCUCAUUUCAAAACGGUCGACAAGGCGCACCUCUCGUCAUCAAAGUACCCCUCGGCACUGUCGUUCGCGAACUGACGGGUUCAGACCCACGACGCGCGAAGAACGAGUGGGAAGCCGAAGAGGAGAGUUACGAAGGGAUGGAUAUGGAGGAGAGAAAACGGAAGUGGAGGGAGACGAGAUGGGUGCAUUAUCCUGAGUUUGAGGGUGAUAAUAGCGAGAGGGACGAUUUCAAGACCGCCGAAUAUGAUUUGAAGAUGGCGGAGAGAGAGAUGAGAAUCGCGAGGAGGGUGAGAGAGGCUAAUCCAAUCUCGUUGGAUCUGGACAGGAUGGUUCAGACGGAGAGGCCGGUGGAUGCGCCGUUAGGGACAGGAAGGUAUGAUGACAGAGGGUUCUUAAUCGCUUCAGGUGGUUUGGGCGGGUACGGCAAUCCGCAUUUCAUGAGGCAGGAUAAUCGGUCACCAAAAUGGGCUACGAGGGGCUACGAGGGCGAGAGGGUAACACUGUCCCUCGAGUUGAAGCUCCUGGCGGACGUGGGGUUGGUGGGUAUGCCGAAUGCGGGGAAGAGCACCUUGUUGAGGGCAUUGACUGGUGGGAGGGCGAAGUCCGAGGUGGCGAGCUACGCGUUCACGACGCUCAAUCCCGUCGUCGGUGUCGUCAGGGUAGCAGAAGAUGGGACUCUGAUGGGCGGAAGCUCACAGGAGAUGGUGCACGACGAGACUUGGGCCGAGGAACAACGGGAACGAGAAAUGAUGGAGAGCGGAGCAUACGCAGAUGCGCCGACGCGGAACCAAGGACGACAUCAACACGAGGACGAGGACGACAUAGUUGAACGCUUCCGCUUCACCAUCGCCGACAACCCUGGUCUUCUGUCUGGUGCAUCGGAUAACGUUGGUCUCGGCCAUUCCUUCCUUCGCUCCAUGGAACGUUCCCUUGCCCUCGUCUAUGUCGUCGACUUCUCAGCUCCGGACCCAUGGAAUCAGGCCGCCAUCUUGCGUGAUGAACUGGAGACUUACAAGCCUGGGAUGAGCGACCAAGCUCGUAUGGUCAUCGCGAACAAAGCGGAUCUACUCGCUUAUGACGGUGAUCCAGAAGAGGUGGAGGCAGCGAGACAGAAGCUGCAACAGUUGGAGGAAUUCGUUCAGAGGGAGAUGACGACGGCAAAUGGGCGGGCUCUGGAUGUUGUGGCGAUUUCGGGCAAGUAUAGCCAGAAUUUGAGGAGAGUUGUGAAGCUGAUGGAGGAGUAUGUUGAAGAGGCUCGGGCGGGACAGAUACAGGAGCCGCUGGUCCUGUCGAGCAUGUAA